CUCUCGUCCUUUAAAACCUUCAAAUUUUUUUCUCUCUCUUCUCAGUACACACCACCACAAAGUACAGACAUGGAACCAUGGCUAGACGAUCUCUCCGACGACCUCCAAAGCAUGAGCUUCAACUCCACCAACACCAACACCACCACAACAACCACCGACAUCAACCGCUCCACUUCCUCCGGCUCCGAAACCACCUGGACGGCCAUUUCCUCCUCCACCCACUACGGCCCACCCAUCACCAAUAAACCCCACACCACCCCCUCCGGCGACCCCUGCUGGGACUCUAUCCGCCGAGCCAAAUCUACCUCCCCUUCCAACCCUCUCUCCCUCUCCGACCUCCGCUUCCUCUGUCGCCUCGGCUCCGGCGACAUCGGCUCCGUCUACUUAGCCGAACUCAAAUCGGCCGAGACCACCGGAGCAUUGUUCGCCGCCAAGGUCAUGGACAAGAAGGAACUUGCGAGCCGUAAUAAGGAGGGAAGAUCGAGGACAGAGAGGGAAAUUCUCGAGAUGUUGGACCACCCAUUUUUGCCCACGCUUUAUGCGACCUUAGAGUCCCCUAAAUGGUCGUGUCUUCUGACGGAGUUUUGUCCCGGCGGCGACCUCCAUGUUCUCCGGCAACGUCAGCCAUGUAAACGCUUCCCUGAAUCUGCCGUCAGGUUCUAUGCAUCAGAGGUUGUGGUAGCUCUAGAGUAUGUCCACAUGAUGGGAAUCGUCUAUCGUGAUCUCAAGCCUGAAAACGUGUUAGUUCGAUCGGAUGGCCAUAUCAUGCUCACUGAUUUUGACCUCUCGUUGAAAUGUGACAACUCUACAUCUACGCCAGCUCAGAUAUUCUCAGAGCAAAAUCCACCAAGUGCACCACCACCUAAUGAGUACCAUCUCGAUCCACCACCCUUUACGUCUUCAUCGUGCAUUCUUCCCAAUUGUAUUGUCCCUGCAGUGUCAUGCUUCCACCCUAGACGCAAGCGAAAGAAGAAGUCGAGUCAUCAUGGUGGUCCUGAAUUCGUGGCCGAGCCCAUUGAUGUCCGGUCAAUGUCAUUCGUGGGGACUCACGAGUAUUUGGCGCCAGAAAUUGUGUCCGGUGAGGGCCAUGGUAGUGCUGUGGAUUGGUGGACAUUGGGGAUCUUCAUAUUUGAACUAUUUUACGGUGUCACACCCUUUAGAGGAAUGGAUAAUGAGCUAACCCUAGCUAAUAUUGUUGCUCGAGCCCUCGAGUUCCCUAAGGAACCCGCCAUACCACCCAUGGCUAAGGAUCUGAUUUCGCAACUAUUGGUCAAAGAUCCGGCGAGGCGAAUGGGGUCCACAAUGGGUGCCUCAGCAAUCAAGCACCAUCCAUUCUUUCAAGCAGUGAAUUGGGCACUUUUGAGAUGCACAUCCCCACCGUUCAUUCCUACCCCAUUCAGCCGAAAUGUUUUAUCAGAUGAAAGCUGUCCAGAGACUCCAGUGGACUAUUACUAGUGCCUAUAAUAGGGGGUCAACAAGGAAAGCUUCCGAUACUUAUACGGUGGGUUUAUAGUGGAAAAUUUUCUAAAGCAAGAUCACUUUACUCUUGUUUGCCGACACUGUGGCAGCCAUUGAUGCAUGAUGCUUCAUAUGUAAAUUUUUUGAAUCUAUUUUGGGGUGGAAAAUGUUGAAAAUACCUGGUUUUCACCAAUUUGGCAAUAGAUUAUGGGCUAUAGUAUAACGCUGAGUUUUUGGAUAUGGUUAAUGAAAGUUCGGGUCAGUGUAAAAUUAUGUAUAAUUUUGGAGUUUACACUUCAAUCUAUCACAAUUGCACCAUGA